CGGGGGGGGGCAGUAUCGGAGGCUCUCAUGCUGUUCAAGCCUAAAGGCCGUUCCUGGCUGGCCUGGGUCUGGACAGAGUGGCAUUUGAGGAGUGGACAGGCAGGCAGAGUGAGACUGCCAGCAUCUGUUGGAUUGUUUAAUGCCUCGUCUUAGAUCUGUACUCAGGCCUGGGUGUCCAUGCUCCAUGUUGGGGAGCAGAGCCUGUGGCCUGCUCUGUGACGAGGGCAGCCCACCUGCAAACACCCCUGUCAACUAACCCAUGCUGUCUUCUCCCAUCUUUGGGCACUGUCCACGGAAGGCAGAUUUAUCAAGUGUUUAACUCAGGAACGAUUUGUCUUGUGUCCUCUGGGAACGUGUGCAGCUUGCUAGAUGGUUCAGACAGGAUGUCAGAGGAGGCCCUGGGAUCACAGGUGUCCACAUGCCUCGUGAAACAGACAUGACAGGCGGGUGGUCCAGGUCUGGCCGAGUCAGAAUUGGCGCUCCCACUUUGAAGGCCACGUGGGACAGGCUCCCUUCCCAUUUCCCCACUUCCCCCUUGCAAGUGUGGAAGUGUCCCUUUCUCCCCAGCAGCGCAUCCGGGCCAAGUCGUGGCUGUCCAGUGUUGCUUCUCUUCUCCUGGAACAAGAGGGCUGUGUCUGGGCGGCCUGGCUGAGGGAUUGCUCAUUAGCAGUUAGCAUCCGCAGUGAACAAACACAUCUGAGCAGGCUUACCCCUUCCUUCCGGAGUGCAGCCCUUUAUGGGGAUUUCUGGAAGGUUGGGACUGCCCCAGGAGAGGAAGCCUGUGCUAAUCGUGAACUUUGUGCCCUGCGAUCGCAGCUGGUGCUGAGGCCCUGCAGGUCAUGAGCAUCUCCCCUCUGUUUGCUCUUGCAGAAAUGACCGGACCCUGUUCUGGUCCAGCUCAUCCAAUGAGAGGAGCAGGCCUCAGAAGAGGAGGGCGGGGAGCAGGGAGGAGGGGAUGGCAAAGAUGUCUCCUGGAAGAUGGUGAGAGAGCACUUGUUUCGCUUUCCACAUGCGUUGCAGCCACAGGAAGGCAGAUGCUCACUUUGCACUUGAACCCUUUUGAAGCAUUUUAUAACUACGAUGCCAGGGGAGCGGAUGAACUUUCUUUACAAAUAGGAGACACUGUGCACAUCUUGGAAACAUACGAAGGGUGGUACAGAGGUUACACCUUAAGAAAAAAGUCUAAGAAGGGUAUAUUUCCUGCUUCAUAUAUUCAUCUUAAAGAAGCCAUAGUUGAAGGAAAAGGGCAACAUGAAACGGUCAUCCCGGGUGACCUCCCGCUCGUACAGGAAGUCACCACGACUCUCCGGGAGUGGUCCACCAUCUGGAGGCAGCUCUACGUGCAAGACAAUAGGGAGAUGUUUCGAAGUGUCCGGCACAUGAUCUACGACCUCAUUGAGUGGCGGUCACAGAUUCUCUCUGGAACUUUGCCGCAGGACGAGCUCAAAGAACUGAAGAAGAAGGUCACUGCCAAAAUUGAUUAUGGAAACAGAAUUCUUGAUCUGGACUUGGUGGUGAGAGAUGAAGAUGGGAACAUUUUGGAUCCAGAGCUAACUAGCACGAUUAGUCUCUUCAGAGCUCAUGAAAUAGCUUCCAAGCAAGUGGAGGAAAGAUUGCAAGAAGAAAAGUCCCAAAAGCAGAACAUAGAUAUUAACAGACAAGCAAAGUUUGCCGCCACCCCUUCUCUGGCCUUGUUUGUCAACCUCAAAAAUGUGGUUUGUAAAAUCGGAGAAGAUGCUGAAGUGCUCAUGUCUCUUUAUGACCCCGGGGAGUCCAAAUUCAUCAGUGAAAACUACCUGGUUCGCUGGUCAAGUUCAGGAUUGCCUAAAGAUAUAGACAGAUUACAUAAUUUGCGAGCUGUCUUUACUGACCUCGGAAGCAAAGACCUGAAAAGGGACAAAAUCAGUUUUGUUUGUCAAAUCGUUCGAGUGGGUCGCAUGGAGCUCAGAGACAACAACACCAGGAAACUGACCUCGGGCUUGCGGCGGCCUUUCGGAGUGGCCGUGAUGGACGUAACAGAUAUAAUAAACGGAAAAGUAGAUGACGAAGACAAGCAGCAUUUCAUCCCCUUUCAGCCGCUCGCGUUGGACGACGCCAUUCGACACAAGCCGCUGAACAUGUCAUCCCGUUUUUCACCCAGGGUGGCAGGGGAGAAUGACUUCCUUCAGACUGUUAUAAACAAAGUCAUUGCUGCCAAAGAAGUCAACCACAAGGGCCAGGGUUUGUGGGUAACAUUGAAAUUACUUCCUGGAGAUAUCCAUCAGAUUAGAAAAGAAUUUCCUCACUUAGUGGACAGGACCACCGCGGUGGCUCGGAAAACGGGGUUUCCGGAAAUAAUCAUGCCCGGUGAUGUUCGAAAUGAUAUCUACGUAACAUUAGUUCAAGGAGAUUUUGAUAAAGGAAGCAAAACCACAGCAAAGAAUGUGGAGGUUACAGUGUCUGUUUACGACGAAGACGGAAAACGACUGGAGCAUGUGAUUUUCCCGGGUGCUGGUGAUGAAGCGAUUUCAGAGUACAAGUCUGUGAUUUACUACCAAGUAAAACAGCCACGUUGGUUUGAGACCGUUAAGGUGGCCAUUCCCAUUGAGGAUGUCAACCGCAGUCACCUUCGGUUUACCUUCCGCCACAGGUCGUCACAGGACUCCAAGGAUAAAUCUGAGAAAAUAUUCGCACUGGCCUUUGUAAAGCUGAUGAGAUACGAUGGGACCACGCUGAGGGACGGGGAGCAUGACCUCAUCGUCUAUAAGGCGGAGGCGAAGAAGCUGGAGGACGCCGCCACGUACUUGAGCCUGCCCUCCACGAAAGCAGAGUUAGAAGAAAAGGCCCACUCGGCCACGGGCAAGAGCAUGCAGAGUCUUGGGAGCUGCACCAUCAGCAAAGACUCCUUCCAGAUCUCAACUCUCGUGUGCUCCACCAAACUUACCCAGAACGUGGACCUGCUGGGGCUCCUGAAGUGGCGUUCCAACACCAGUCUGCUGCAGCAGAACCUGAGACAGCUGAUGAAGGUGGACGGUGGCGAGGUGGUGAAGUUCCUCCAGGACACCUUGGAUGCUCUCUUCAACAUCAUGAUGGAGAACUCCGAGAGCGAGACGUUUGAUACGUUAGUGUUUGAUGCUCUGGUAUUUAUCAUUGGACUAAUUGCUGACAGAAAAUUUCAGCAUUUUAAUCCUGUUCUGGAAACCUACAUUAAGAAACACUUUAGUGCAACAUUAGCCUACACGAAGCUGACAAAGGUUUUAAGGAAUUACGUGGACAAUGCCGAAAAGCCGGUAAUAAACGACCAGCUGUACAAAGCCAUGAAGGCUUUGGAGUACAUCUUCAAAUUCAUCGUGCGCUCCAGGAUCCUGUUCAAUCAACUCUAUGAAGACAAAGGAGAGGCCGACUUCAUGGAGUCCCUGCUGCAGCUCUUCCGAUCCAUCAGCGCCAUGAUGAGCAGCGUGUCGGACCAGACCGUCAGGGUGAAGGGGGCGGCGUUGAAGUACUUGCCAACUAUUGUCAACGAUGUGAAAUUGGUGUUCGAUCCCAAAGAGCUCAGCAAAAUGUUUACUGAUUUCAUCCUAAAUGUUCCCAUGGGUUUGCUGACCAUUCAGAAGCUGUAUUGCUUGAUUGAAAUCAUUCACAGUGACCUCUUCACACAGCACGACUGCAGAGAGAUCCUGCUUCCCAUGAUGACGGAUCAGCUCAAGUACCAUCUGGAGAGACAGGAAGACCUGGAGGCCUGUUGCCAGCUGCUUAGCCACAUCCUGGAGGUUCUGUACCGGAAGGACGUGGGUCCAACUCAGAGGCAUGUCCAGAUAAUCAUGGAGAAACUUCUUCGGACAGUGAACCGAACCGUCAUUUCCAUGGGGCGGGAUUCCGAACUCAUUGGAAACUUUGUGGCUUGUAUGACAGCCAUUUUACGACAAAUGGAAGAUUAUCAUUAUGCCCAUUUGAUCAAGACUUUUGGAAAAAUGAGGACUGACGUCGUGGAUUUCCUGAUGGAAACAUUCAUCAUGUUUAAGAACCUCAUUGGGAAGAACGUCUACCCUUUCGACUGGGUGAUAAUGAACAUGAUGCAGAAUAAAGUCUUCCUGCGAGCGAUUAAUCAGUAUGCAGAUAUGCUGAACAAAAAAUUUCUGGAUCAAGCCAACUUUGAGCUACAGCUUUGGAACAACUACUUCCACCUGGCCGUCGCUUUUCUCACUCAGGAGUCCUUGCAACUGGAGAAUUUUUCAAGUGCGAAGAGAGCCAAAAUCCUUAACAAGUAUGGAGAUAUGAGGAGGCAGAUUGGCUUCGAAAUCAGAGACAUGUGGUACAACCUUGACCCCCUGCCUUCUGCCUCACGAGGCCACAGUCAGCUGCCCCCCCAUGGCAGCAGCAGCACCCUGAGUGCCCAGUGUGGACCAGAUGCCUGCAGCCCCUGUUGCCAGCCCUCAGAUGAGUGUGUUCACCCCUUGGCUUGCAUGGCCAAGAGCCCAGGCUGUGUCUCAGCAACCUGCUGGACCUAUGAAGCCCUCCCCAGCUCCAGCGUAGCAUUUGAAAAUGAGAUCAUCACCAAGCUGGAUCAUGAAGUGGAAGGAGGCAGAGGAGAUGAACAGUACAAAGUGUUAUUUGAUAAAAUCCUCUUGGAGCACUGCAGGAAGCACAAAUACCUCGCCAAAACAGGAGAAACUUUCGUCAAACUUGUCGUGCGCCUGAUGGAAAGACUUCUGGAUUAUAGAACCAUCAUGCAUGAUGAGAACAAAGAAAAUCGCAUGAGCUGUACUGUCAACGUGCUGAAUUUCUACAAGGAAAUUGAAAGAGAAGAAAUGUAUAUAAGGUACCUGUACAAGCUGUGCGACCUGCACAGAGAGUGUGACAACUACACGGAGGCAGCCUAUACCUUGCUUCUCCACGCGAAGCUUCUGAAGUGGUCGGAGGAUGUGUGUGCGGCCCACCUGACCCAGCGGGACGGGUACCAGGCAACAACGCAGGGUCAGCUGAAGGAGCAGCUCUACCAGGAAAUCAUCCAUUACUUCGACAAAGGCAAGAUGUGGGAGGAGGCCAUUGCUCUUGGUAAAGAACUUGCCGAACAAUAUGAAAACGAAAUGUUUGAUUACGAACAACUCAGCGAGUUGCUGAAAAAACAGGCUCAAUUUUAUGAAAACAUCGUCAAAGUGAUAAGACCUAAGCCUGACUAUUUCGCUGUUGGCUACUACGGACAAGGAUUCCCCACAUUCCUUCGGGGAAAAGUUUUCAUUUACCGAGGGAAAGAGUAUGAACGCAGGGAAGAUUUUGAAGCUCGGCUGUUAACUCAGUUCCCAAACGCUGAGAAAAUGAAGACGACAUCUCCACCAGGCGACGAUAUUAAAAACUCUCCUGGCCAGUAUAUUCAGUGCUUCACCGUAAAGCCCAAACUCGAUCUGCCCCCGAAAUUUCACAGGCCUGUGUCGGAGCAGAUUGUAAGUUUUUACAGGGUGAACGAGGUCCAGCGAUUUGAAUAUUCUCGGCCGAUCCGCAAGGGAGAGAAAAACCCAGACAAUGAAUUUGCGAACAUGUGGAUCGAGAGAACCAUAUACACCACGGCGUACAAAUUACCUGGAAUUUUAAGGUGGUUUGAGGUCAAAUCCGUAUUCAUGGUGGAGAUCAGCCCCCUGGAGAAUGCCAUCGAGACCAUGCAGCUGACCAACGACAAGAUGAACAGCAUGGUACAGCAGCACCUGGACGACCCCAGCCUCCCCAUCAACCCCCUGUCCAUGCUCCUGAAUGGCAUCGUGGACCCUGCCGUCAUGGGAGGCUUCGCGAAUUAUGAGAAGGCCUUCUUUACAGAGCGGUACCUGCAGGAGCACCCAGAGGCCCAUGAAAAGAUUGAGAAGCUCAAGGAUCUCAUCGCAUGGCAGAUUCCAUUUUUGGCUGAAGGGAUCAGGAUUCAUGGAGACAAAGUCACAGAAGCACUGAGGCCAUUUCAUGAGAGAAUGGAAGCCUGUUUCAAACAGCUGAAGGAGAAAGUGGAAAAGCAAUAUGGCGUCCGGACCAUGCCCUCAAGUCUGGAUGACAGAAGAGGCAGCCGUCCCCGGUCCAUGGUCCGAUCCUUCACGAUGCCUUCUUCAUCCCGGCCUCUGUCGGUGGCCUCCGUGUCCUCCCUGUCAUCGGACAGCACCCCUUCCCGGCCGGGCUCCGAUGGGUUUGCUCUGGAGCCUCUCCUGCCAAAGAAAAUGCACUCCAGGUCCCAGGAUAAGCUGGACAAGGACGACCCAGAGAAAGAGAAGAAGGACAAGAAGAAGGAAAAAAGGAACAGCAAACAUCAAGAGAUAUUUGAUAAGGAAUUUAAACCCACCGACAUGUCUGUGCAGCAGUCUGAGGCUGUGAUUCUUUCAGAGACGAUAAGCCCCCUGCGGCCCCAGAGACCGAAGAGCCAGGUGAUUAACGUCACUGGAAGUGAACGACGUUUCUCAGUGUCCCCGUCGUCACCGUCCUCCCAGCCAGCACCCCCUCCAGUCGCGCCAAGGGCCAAGCUCAGCUUCAGUUUGCAGUCGAGUUUGGAGCUGAACGGCAUGACCAGCAUGACCGCAAUGGACACGGCCGAGGUCCCGCCCCCCCUGCCUCUCAAAGGCGGCAUGGCAGAUUAUGGGAACUUGCUGGAAAACCAGGAUUUGAUCAGCUCGCCCACGCCCCCACACCCUCCUCCUCACCAGAGGCAUGUGCCGCCCCCGCUGCCCAGCAAAACCCCACCUCCGCCCCCCCCAAAGACAACGCGCAAGCAGACGUCGGUGGACUCCGGCAUCGUGCAGUGAGGGCCGCAGGCCCGUGCGGAGAGCCAGCUGCCGCCUGCCCCCUCCGCGUCUCCUCCCGCGUCUGCUGGUUACUCGUGGGGUCCGUGGUGUCGGACACGCAGUGCAGUUGCUUGUCCUGAAAAGGAGUUUCUUUCCAGCUGCGGCGUGAGUGGCCUUGCGCAUCAUGGAGCAAGGUGCAUGUGGGUCUGGAACGUACUGUUGUGCUCAUCAAAAGUGGGGGUUUCUGACUGUGUCUGUCUUGAGAGAGCCUGAGUCUUGCCCGAAAGCCCUCCGUUUGUGCUGAAUGACACGUGAGCAAAACACGGUGGACCGGGGUUGGCAGCGUCGGAGGGGAGAGGCCAUCGCCUGUGAGACCAUGUUGCGAGUGAGCGCUCGUCUUCUCCCGAGGCCGACCCCCAGCGGACCCCCACGGGUGUUUUCACAGCCCUCUUUCUGCGGGUGUGACUUUGUGGUCAAGUGUAUCUUCAACCUGUAUCGGGCAGUAAGGCCAACCCUUUCAGGGAAGUUCCUGCUUUCCUUUGUUAUAAUUUAAAAUAGGAUUAUUUCUCAGAUACUGCACAGUUACUAAUUUAUGGAGUGGAAACACCAUUAGAAAUCCUGGAUCAAGUGGGAAAGUAAAUACAAGUAUAGGAAGAUCCGUUUUCUUUCUUUUUAAAAAGAGAAGGCCUGUAGGGCAGAGAUGGUUUUCAUGGGGCGAGUUCUUUCUGUCCUCGUUCUGUACAGAAGUUUGUAUAUAUGAUGGUUCCUAGAACUCAAGUUUUAAUGUUUUUGAUCCUUCCGUUUAUUGUAAUAGACAUCUGCAAAUGAUUCUCCAUAUGUGUUCCUAAUUUUUAACUUCUGGAAGUGUAAAAAACACGAAUUAAAUUUUGUUGAUUUUUUUUUCCUAAGCUCCAAAGUCCUGCCAGUGUUGGUGGACGAUGAUUAAGAAAACAAAACAACUAACUUUGUAUAACCUAAUAUCUUUAUUCUGUCAUCUGUAUUUUUUUAUCCACAGUAAUCACGAUAUUUUUCUAGUAGGCUCAAAAGUCAUUCGUUGACAGCAAAAAAUAAAAAGCCAUUUAAAAAGA